AAAGUUUGAUACGAUAAAAAAAUUGGAAUUGCUUAGCACCAGUUGAAAAAAAAUAAUAAUGUCUAAUGGUAAGCAACAUUUCCAGGUUUGCUUUUGCUGGUCAAGAGUAUUCAAAGUGAGGGGAGGUGAAAUUCCAGAAGAUAUUAAAAAAGUAUUUGAAUCAUAUUCAAUGAAUGAAACUAUGAGUAUGGAUAGUUUAAUUAGUUUUCUGAAGAAAGAACAGAAUGAAGUGAUCAAUGUUAACAGAAAGGCCCAAAAUAUAUUCAAUAGCCUCAAACAUCUAAAUAAGUUUCAUAGAAGGGGAUUGACUCUUGAAGCUUUCUUUAAAUUUCUUGUUGGUGAACAUAACUUUGCUCAUCAGUCUAAGGUCCACCAAAAUAUGGAUGCUCCAUUAGCCCAUUAUUAUAUUUACACAGGCCAUAACUCAUAUUUAACUGGAAACCAGCUCAGUAGUGAUUGCAGUAUUGAACCAAUAAAAAAGGCCCUAAAGAAAGGAGUUAGAGUGAUUGAAUUGGACCUUUGGCCUGAUAUCACAAAAGAUGAUGUCAAUGUUCGUCACGGAGGGACACUAACAACACCUGUUAAACUAAUCAAAUGUUUGAAAGCCAUAAAGGAGGAUGCCUUCUCAUUUUCUGAAUAUCCUGUUAUACUCACGUUUGAAGACCACCUUCAUCCUUAUCCACACCUUCAAGAAAAAGUAGCUCAGAUGGUGAAGAGCACAUUUGGGUCGAUGUUGUUCAUCCCAAAAUCGGAUAUGGACGUGUUCCCUUCACCAAACCAGUUAGUGAAGAGAAUCUUGAUUUCGACGAAACCACCAACAAAAGAUAGCCCUGCGGAAUCAGACAAUAAGGUUUCACCAGAGAGAGGACGUUCAGAGAAUGGACUUAACAAUCAUAAUCAGUACCAGCAGCAAAUACAAUUAGAGGAGGGAGACGAAGACGAAGUUCCCAAAUAUAGAGAUUUGAUUGCAAUCCAUGCCACGAAGCACAAAGGUAGUAUGGAAAAUUUUGGAAGCCAUGGAAGUUCUGAUAAAGUUGGACGUUGUAGCAUGAAUGAACUAGCCCUUGAAGCCGCUGUAGCUGAACAUAGCCAUCAACUUAUCCGAUUUACACAGCGAAAUAUUCUAAGGGUGUACCCAAAGGGUGCACGCGUUGAUUCAUCAAACUAUGAUCCUCUAAUUGCAUGGCUGCGUGGAGCACAGAUGGUUGCAUUUAACAUGCAGGGAUAUGAUAGGUUUCUUUGGAUGAUGCAAGGAUUUUUUCGAGCCAAUGGAGGCUGUGGCUAUGUGAAAAAACCUGAAUUUUUACUAAGUUCUGAUGGAGUAUGUGACGAAGUUUUCAAUUCCAUGGCCUUGCCCGUAAAGAAAACUCUCAAGGUAAAGAUAUACAUGGGAGACGGCUGGCGUGCAGAUUUCCAUUUUAGACACUUUGAUUAUUGCUCCCCUCCAGACUUCUAUGCCAGGGUUGGAAUGGUAGGAGUACCUGCGGAUGCUUGUAACAUGCGCAAAACAAAGACAGUGAACGAUCAAUGGGUACCAAUAUGGAAUGAUAACGUAGAAUUUGAAUUUCCAAUUCGUGUACUAGAACUAGCGUUGCUUCGGAUUGAUGUUAAAGAUUAUGAUCCAUCUGGUGAAGAUGAAUUUGCAGGACAAACAUGUUUGCCUGUUUCUGAGCUGAAGACUGGGAUUCGAUGUGUUCCAUUGUAUAAUCGCAAAGGAGAUGUCUACAGAUCAGUAAAACUUCUCAUGCGUUUCGACUUCACUACUUAAUUAAUCUUCCUCAAUCCCAAUCUGUUAAGUUGAAAGUUAGUAUAAAUAGUUAAGGAAAAGCAAAGACUAUAGAUGGAAUUGUGGGCUCAUAGAUAAUAAGAAAAAUUGUAUCUAAUGGCAAAUUAAUGAUUCAAAUCAAAUGUUAUAAUCACACUUUGAUUUAA